AUGAAAACGUCGAGCAGGGACAUCCCGUCCAUAACCAGAGUGACUGUCACAUCCGAAGACAUACUGACGUGCGGUCAGUGUUCCAAGGUGUUCGUGUCGCUGGACGAGUUGUCCGCACACGAACGCGUCCACGACGAGCAACGGGAACAGCUGGAACAGCAGUCGCAGACGGUCGCGACGACGAUUGCACCGCCGUCGGCGUCUGUGAUUACGUCGACGUUCACGUGUGAACAGUGCAACAAAAAGUUCACGUCGAAAUUGCAACUGUCCGCGCACAUAGGCAACAACUGUUCGGACGGCGUUGACCGGCAGUGCCCGUACUGCGGCAAGCAGUUCCGGUCGGUGGCCACGCUGGAGAACCACAAGCGGGUUCACACCAGGGAAAAACCGUUCGCUUGCGAGCUGUGCGGCAAGGCGUUCCGGACCAAGGGCAAUCUGCUCGAGCACAAGCGCGUGCACAACAACAGCCUGUGGCUGAUGAAGAGCAACGCGAAGAUGACGACCGACGCCGGUGCGGGCGGCGGCGACCAGCGGUUCCAGUGCACGUACUGUUCGAAACCGUUCCGCACGUACACGGCCAUGUUGAACCACGAGCGCGUGCACACCCGCGAAAAGCCGUUCGAGUGUUCCGAGUGCGGCAAGUGUUUCCGCACCAAGUCCAACCUGACGGAGCACAUGAAGGGCUGCCACGACAUGGACUCGGCCGCUUGUGGCUCGGACGAAGUGCAAGUGUUCACGUUCAAGACCCAUUCGACGAUGGUUACCCCCAAAGCCGAGCCGGAGUCGGCGUGA